AUGAAGAAUGUCAAAUUCAAAAACUUGUCUACCUACUACGCAGUUGGUCUAAUAAAAGAUCCUUCUCUCUCAGGUACCCGAAUCAUCUAUGACCGCAAGUUUUUGUUGGAUCGCCGCAACUCUCCUAUGGCUCAGACCCCACCAUGUCAUCUCCCAAAUAUUCCAGGAGUCACCAGUCCUGGCACUGUGGCUGAGGAUUCCAAAGUGGAAGUAAACAAUCUGAACAAUCAUGAUGGGAAGCCUGCAGUGGGGGAUGAUGCUCAGUUUGAAAUGGACAUCUGAUCACCACCGAGGCUAACCAUGGAGAAGCAGCAACUCCUGAUUACCUGUGCAUAUGUGAUUUGGCUAAUAGGAUCAGUAAUCAAAAGUUGGAAGAAGCAGCAGCAGUUUCCAUUAGAAUCCCCACUUUGCCUUCCAGGUGCCAAAGGAUAAGACCAGGUCACCAGUCCUGUUCCUCUUUUUUUUUUUUUUUUUUUUUCUUUUCCUCCCUCUGCAUUUGCCUAUGACUGGAUGGAAGCCCUUGUCAAAUUUAACUGAGCUGAGGAACAUGCCGAGUGCAACCUUGGCUUCUCGCACUUUAAAGGCAACCUGUCAAACCAUGCACAAGCGAGAACAUACCUCCAGCCCCAAUUCGAUAUUUAUUGUAAACAACAAAGGGGCCAGGGAGCAGUUAGUUUAUGCUGAGUGAAUAUGGCAUUGCUCCUUCCUGCUCCCUUUCUUCAGCUUGAUCCCAGCUCACAAAUGGCUUGUGUGUGCACAGUAAGUAACUGUGUCUCAGAUGCUUUGUCAUUCAAGUUUUAGAAAUCACAAGGAGUAGUGGGAGAUAGUAAAGGGUCUGCUCAGUCUGAGCUCCUUCACCUCAAUGGGCAGAACACUCAUUUCACCUGUGUUCUAGCCCUUCCUCUCUCCAUAACUCUGUUUGCAAUGUGUCUUGCAGCGGUAACAUGCAUUCUCUCUUCAGAUGAGAGAGAGCCUUUUAAUUUGUUGUUUUGCACCUCCUUGGUUCCCCCUGCCCCAACUUCCUGUUGAAUAAUGCUUUUUAAUAUCAUGUGUAUUUGGAGAGAGGCAUCAACUUGGUAUACUGCUGCUUCCUCCUCUGCCCACCCCAAAGGAAAGCCAUCCACAAACUCCAGUUUGCAAAAGCCUAACUCGUUUGCCUCCUGAGUGUUUUUGAUGAAUAAGUCCAUCGGCCCGAAAUCAAAAGAGCUUUUGGAGAUAUAACGGGAGGGGGCGCAGAUUAUCAGUUCUCUUCUAUGCUGUUGAUCCUCAGCACUUUUUUUCCUCUUUUUUUGCCCCUUAAUAGUUUAUCUUGCUUUCUCUCCUAGUCCACGUUGUAGACUAUUAUAUUAAAGGUACUUCAGCAGUUGUUCAUUUUUGACACCUCCCGUCCUAUGUGCAUCAGGAGCAGUAUUUUUUCCCAGUACUGGUUUUAAUAAAUAUGUUUAAUAUUAACCCUUUCAGAAUCCCUCCCAUCAAAAGGAAAAAAUUGCCAAGUGGCUUCUGAAUGGCAGCAGGUCUGAUCCAAACUUACACUAUCCUUCCACUCAAAGUUCACAGUGCUGCUUUAGUUUGCUAGCUCCAUUAUUUUUUCCUCCAAGCCUCUCUUAUUUUGGGUUUGCUGCCUAAGAGUUUUACAAGUCGGCCAAUAUAAAUGAGCUUCUGCGAAUGGGUGAUUUAAUUUAAUUUUUUUAAGUCUCAUGAUCUCCAGUGCUUACUCCUGUCUCUGUUUUACAGAAGGGGUUGGUAGGAAACCUAACCCACAAUGACUGGCUAGUGGAUUUUACCAAGAGGGUGGUACUUCAGGCCAAGUCUUCUCUGGUGAGAGCCACUUAAAGGGUCUGUUUUAGUUGCUGAUGGCAUCAGUUGGCCCUUUGCUGAAUGCGUUCCAUUGACUUGCUAAUUGACGGACUUUAUUCCACCUUGAUUCCACCUUGGUUAGGAAUCUACGCAACUCCAUUACAAAUCGGAAAAGACCCUUCUUUUCUCUUUGGGUCUGUUAAAGGGGCACUUUACUAGUAAAAUACUUUUUGGUGGGGGAGGAACCUCUGAAAAGCUGUAAUUUUCCCUAUUCUCCUUCAAAAUGUGAAUAACACAGGAGCAAAAGCCCUUUGUAAUGUUUGAUUUCUCAGGAAUAGGCUCUGUAGUGUAGCUAGGAAAUGCAGGGUCUCUAUUAAGUUUAGUGAUGGUCAGAAAAGUGACUAAAAUAACAUCUCUAGUCCUAUGUUUAUUCUGGCAUGAUUCACCUAUGUAUAGUAUGAAGGACACUAGAGAAAACUGCUGUACUGUAUGAUUCCCAUGUUGAGUCUGUUCAGCUCAGUUAUCUCUAAAAGGCACUGCAAGUUCAGCCUGGUGCUAGCCCAUGGCUUGUUUUUUCAUUCUGCUUCAUGCAUCAUCACCAGCAGUAGUUUCAAGUGUUUAGCUAGCUGUUUUAGAGAUGAGGCAGAAUACAGUGCAACUUGAUUUUGCAGUGCUAAUAGUAAUUAAAACUUGGGUUUGUCCAUGUAUUAAGCAGGCUUGACAUGGGAAACACAAGAAGGAAGUGUCAGUGCCAUGGGCAUUGUUAGUCACUUUUCUCAUCGGAGUGAUUCUCCUUAUUUUGGUGAAGGGGUAACUCUUCCAACCAUUGCACAGGGUUUCAGCUAUUUUGACUUUUAUAAUAACUGUUGUGCAGCUGACGCACUCACAACAAGGAAAACAUUUUUCUACGAGUGCAAUACAACAAGAGCUUCCUUUAUACCACAGUCAUGUUAACGUGUAUUGGCAGAGGCCAUUCUGACUUCUUGAGCUGCAUUUUUUUUUAAAUACCUAGAUAAGAAACAAAUAUCCAGAGAGGGAAGGAUGAUCUUGCUGGGCUAAGAAUGUGGGUAGUUCUGGGUGUUCCUGGCUAUGACACAGACUUCCUGUUUGACCUUAGGCAAGUCAUUUAAUCUCUCUGUGCUUCAAUUCCCUAUCUGUAAAAUGGGGAUAAUAGUACUUCCCUACCUCACAGGGGUGUUGUGAGGACAAAUUUAAUUGAUCUAUGAGAUGCUCAGAUGCUAUUGUAAUGAGGUUUUAGAAAAGCCUAAAAAUAUUUUCAAAAGUGCAAGAGGUUGGUUCAGUCCUGUCACAAAUGCAGCAAUGGUAUUCAAACACCAGCAUUUUGCCAUGACAAGUCUCCACUCUCUUGUGCUUUAUUUUUUCCCCACAACUCCUGGACAUGAUGGUGCCAGGGAAAGUGGUGACUGAAUAAAAAUAGUGCACUCAACCUUUCUAGCUUUGCUGGGCGGCUUUGAAAAAGGUGUUCUUACCUGUUUUGCUCAGUUCUGUGUCUAUAACCUUAAUGUCCUCUAAGAAUUGAUUCUUUCUGCACAUAAACUUUCAAUUUCAUUUUUGUGCCUCCUGCUGCUGAUCAGUCUUAGUGAUCAGUAACACGUGACACCAGCAACGUGGGGUGGAUCCCAGCACUGGAGACUAAACUAGUUUCCAUUCUGGUGUUCUAAUGGUUGAAUCAAGCAAAAUCCGAACAUCAUUGCUUGUGGUUUAAAAUGACAGUCAGGUUAAAGAUGGUAUUUUUAAAACGUGUUGUUUUCUGUAACUAAUAAAACUGAUAAAAAUCUAAUCUAAUUUAUUUUCACCCUCUAUAACACUUGUUUACUACUUUCACUCUGCCUAGCUUCCACAAAGAAAAUAGUGUGUUCACUUUCUCUCUGGAUUUUAACCAGCAGUGCAGAUACACUUAGAUCCAGACUCGGUCUUCUGCUCCAUUAAAAUGGAAGGGAAGAUAAUGGAAACAUUCCCAUUUGUUAAUUCUGAUUUUAUGUAAUAGCCUCAAGUGUUUGUGCCCCAGACCUUACAGAACAGAUUCUUCCUUAUUACAAUUGCUUUGCACUGCCCGAGCAGUACCCUUAAAGCUGCUUACUUUACUACUGGAGGGAUCUCCUUGGGUGUUGCAGAACCACAGGAGCAGUUCCUACACCCACCCUCUCCUUGCAUCCAGCAAGGCCAGGAGAGAGAGUGGCAGAGGUCAGGGUAGUCCUCAACUGCUGUAUUGGCCCCUUGGCCUACUCUAACUUGUGCUUUGAAGGAGUACCUGUAAGAUUGAGGUGCACAAAGGUAGUUUACAGCCAUCUUUCCCUUGCAUCAUAUUUCUCUCUAGCCCUUACUUUUAACCAUUAAAACACAGGUCUUGGAUAACACAUUGCAUUAGGGAAGGAUCCUGUUCACAUGCAGGGACCUGGGCUCAUAUUAUAAACCUAACCAUAAUGGAAAAUCAGUCCAACAAUCUUCUCAUAGUGCCUGCUGCUGUAGUUCAGUUGAUCUGUUGUAGGGGAUUCCACCCCAUCAUAUUUGGGGACAGUCUUCACGUAGACCAGGAUUCAGGAAACCUAAAACACUCCUACUGAACUAGGUUCAAAAGCAUGUUUUGACCCUGGUUUGGAAAAGCAGCAUUUCCAACUGCCUAAGUCCUAUGGCCUCAGUGGUUUUCAAAAUUGAUUAGCUAAACUGGUUUUAAAACCAGUUAUGAGUUUUAGAAAAACUUACUAGUGUAGACCAGGCGAGUCUGAGAGGAUAGGGCAGUUCAGGAGGACAUGGGGAUGAGAAUACCAAGGGAGGUGAGGUGCAGGUCCGGAUGGAGGCGUCUCGCCACGGCUGCUGGAAGAUAAAUUUGUUUAACAGUCUCAUUCUUUCUAGCUGUAGCCAAGAACUCUUUGCCUCCAUCAAAUACCAAACUCUGACAUAUAAAAAGAAGUUUAUUAGGGGGGAGGAGAGGAUGACUAAUUUUUUGUCUUUCAAAUGACCUGCUGGCCUGAUCCCAGUUUUCCCAUACUUGGUUUGGAUUUAUUUUUUAUUUUGUUGCCUUGAGUGGAUUAAAAUGUUACAGUUUUUCCUUUUUAAAAAAACCAAUAGAACAAUAACAGAGAACUCAAAAGAUGCAGUAUUGCUUAUUCAUGAGUACUUUGGGUUUAAAUAAAUAUUUUGCCAUUCUUGCCCUUUUGCUUCCUUGUAUUUGUGCUGAGGGCGGUUUGCAUAGCUUUGAAAGAAUGACCAGACUGAUAUAAGCAAGUGACUGCAUAUUUAUGUUGAGCAACAGUCACUUAUGUUGUAGAAAGAAACUUUUAAGGAGACUUCAGACCUGAGUGCCACCUGUCUCCUCAUCAUUGUUCAUCUAACCAUUGUCAAUUUGUUUCAUUAUUUUGAAUGUGGUACUCUUUGAUUAAAAGAUGAGUCUCAGUCCUGCUAUGAGGUUAGAAGCAAGGAUCUCUGACAGACUCCCUGAAAGCAAAGAGCCUUGGCACAGGUGGAGGGGUCCACGCUAGUGGAACUGAUUGCAGAAGCAGUGCUGAGGGUGGAAGGAGUGAGGGACUGAGUACCUUUGGGGAACGAGUUUCUGUAAUGGGAUUUUAUUUCAUAGGGAUAUGCUAGGGAAUGAGAUUCAACCCAAAGCAAUCUCUUAGACUUUUAAAUAGUAUUGCAUCAACUACUGUUAAGCUCUUUCCAGCUUCUGCUGAAUUGGUUGCACUGGUAGCAUUGUUUCCUUUUCUUAUCUGAAAGGAAAGUAUGCUUCUGAAAAUACUUGCCAGCCGCUUUGUAGUGCUGAGAGAGAGUGGCAGAACAAUUAGCAAUAAGCCUUUGUGACAGUCCCAAGACUCCAGGGUGUUCACAGCUCCAAAAAGACACUUGUUUUCUUUGCAAGUUUUGGUAACAGAUAUGACUUGGUGACAGCUCAAAUGUGCAUUUCUAUUGUGAAUUACUCUGUUCUAUGAUCUGGUUAAUCUGCCUGCGUGCUCUGGACCUGGUACCACUCCUCUGUCCUAGAUCAGCUUCCGAGGGAAGGAUAAAACAAUUUCCAUUUACACCUGCUCUGCACAGCGGGCAUCCCUUUUGCAAUUCCCCUUUCAUCUCUGGGCACUAAGAGUAAAAUGCCAAUUACCAGUAAAUGAGUUUGAUCUGGUGGCUGAUCUAGGCUCCUACACUACAUUGUGACUGGCAGCAUGUCAGGGGAGGCCUGAGGAAUAGGUAGCUGUACUGUCAGUCACUGUUGCUAUAAAUUAGAUGUGUUUGGAAUUACUUGCAAAGCAUCUUCCUGACUGUUGCUCUUGUCUCUCUCACACCUGGCUGGUGUUAUCAACUUUCUGAAAGUGGCUGUCAAAUCUUCUGUAUCUGUGUUCUCCUUCCUACCACAAGGCAGAAAAGAUGUCAGGAAGCAAAAGUGAAGCUGUCCUUUCUUCCCUAGCUGUUGGCAAACUUAAAAUGCCCCCAGUUUUAGGAACCUCAGCAGUUUGCAGUCAGACUCCAGUAAAUUGGAUGUGAAAGCGCUAGGCUUGGUUCCAUACCAGUAAAAUAACGUAUGUAAUUUAAUUAUUUUUGCAUGUGUAUCUUGUAGUAUAGUAUUUUCAGUUCCCCAUUUUAAUCUUCAGGGGGCAGUGUGAUCCAGCAUGGAAUUGGCUCAUGUUUAAAGAAACCAAACCUCCUACCUGGCUUACAGGCCAGUCUGAUAAUUUCCUGAUUUCAUAGUUUUGUAGGAAACUUCUAAAUGACCCUGGAAAAUGUGGACCUUGUGUCCAUAAGCAGAAUUCAGUCAUCAAGAGAUGAAAAAAUUAAAACACUUUGGUUAAAGAAAGGAGUACUACAUCUUUGGGAAGAGAGUAUGGCAUCCAGAUAACGUUAAUUCAAUUUCUCUUGCAUCCGUGACUGAGUUAGCUUUAUCAGGUUCAACUGGAAGCUUUUCUCAUUAGUCCCCAAACCUUCCCCAUUCAAAGGAGGUGCUUAGGGUUUUUGUUGGUACACAUCAGCAUGAGGUGCCUAACUGUUCUUUUGUUCACUGCCCCUUCUUCCCUGAGCCUUCCCUUUUAGGAUCUAGUAUUUCUGUCCCAGAACUCUUAGUGCCUAUUAUCUGUAACAAUUCUGCUCCUAAGUAAAUUUUUAAAAAUCAGUCUUUGACAAAGUGAUUAUUAGCCUUAUCUGCCUACUCAGUAUUAAUUUUCCAUGAAUCAUGAUCUCAACACAGUGUUAAAAUACUCUCUUUCUUUUGUGGUGGGACUCAAAUGGCAUCACAGACACAUGGCUUGUGCACUUUCUUCUAGUAACCUACAUGCCCCUAGGAAUGUAUGCUGCAGCCUCUAGUUGUCAGUGCCUAUCUCUGCUUCCCUCUCUCUUCCAUGUCAUGAAAGGAGUCCCUUAUGAACUCCUGCUGGAGGUCUUUGUUAUGCUUUGGCAGGGGGAGCUCUGAUGUGGUAAAGUUGAGAUUUCUUGUAAGGCUUUAUAGCACACCUCUCACAAUGCCCUGUACUUUAGACUAAACCCCCUGCCCUGCCUCCUUUGCACAUGAAUUGGCAUGACAUUUUCAUUUAUGUUUGUAAAAUGACCUAAGAAUGCCAGCUUAUAAUAUUGUGAUUGUGGAAAGAGAUACUUAAUGCACAAAUGCCAUGUGAUUUUAAACUUGUCCUUUGCCCCCAGCAUUGUGAUAUAACACCAGGGGUUGAGAGGUAUACUUUCAUAGUCAUUAAAUAAGAAAUCUCUGCCUCGGAUACUAAAAGCGUGUGUGUGAGUGAGUGCAAAUAUAAAUACGUAUAUGUGUGUGGGCGGGUGAUUAUAACGCACACAAAUAGAGAUACAAAAUAAAUAUAUUUUACUUAACCCGAGGAAGUCUGUUAGAUUCUUGGAUAGAAGUACCACAGGGAAGGCUUACUUUGCUAAGCAAGAAGAGCCAGCUGCUGCUGUGCACAGCAUCUGUUUUAGCAGAGUGACUCUUUGCAAGACCUGUUCUAAAAGCCAAAAUCCAAGGAUAAUUAACUUAAAACAGGAGCCAUGUGGAACAUGCAGCAGGAGUGAGCUUUAACCGUUGUUCUAAUCAUGCAAGGAGUGAAAACUCAAGGGCAGUGAGAACCUAGGCCCAAUUGCUGCUGGGGAUAGCACAGGAAUUCCCCACCUUUUUUCCCAGGGCAUUGCUGUGAGAUGGUGAUCCAGUGCCUUUCUUCACCUCAGACAGGAAGACAACUUUUGCAGCAAUGUGAAGCAGCUGUUUCUUGGUCUGUGAAGGUGUCUUUGGAGAGCAAGGCCAAUAAUAUAAUGACUUAUAGAUAUUCUUGAUACAUUUUAAAAUCUAGUGAUUUAAAAACAAAUAACUUCUUCAAAAUGACCUGCUCCUAGCUCCGCCUCUUCACCCUUUCCUGUCCUACCCCAUCAGCCCUCUUCAGUUUGUUUUUUUUUUCCUUUUAAAUGCGAUUCUGGGUGAAAAGCAGAAACUGCCUGAGAAGUCUUUGGGCAACCUCUAUACAAUUCAGUUUUUUUUUUUUUUAAUGUCCUUUGAAACAGGUAUUUGGAAAAAAAACAAACAAACCAAAAGCUCUCACUGAUGGUUGCUGUUACAAUGAGAUCAAUAAAGAUCUUGAUUAUAUUAA